AUGAAGAGGUCAAGAGAUGAUGUUUACAUGGGGCCUCAACUUAAAAGGCCUGUGCUCUCUUCUUCUACUAGAGGAGAAACUUCGGGGCAACCGCAGAUGAUUGGUGGAGGAGGAGGAGGAGGAGGAGGAGGAGGAGGUGGUGGUGGUGGGGGAGGACAAAAACUUACAACUAAUGAUGCCUUGGCAUAUCUCAAGGCUGUCAAGGAUAUAUUUCAAGACAAAAGAGAAAAAUAUGAUGACUUUCUUGAGGUCAUGAAGGAUUUCAAAGCUCAAAGAAUUGACACUGCUGGUGUCAUAGCGAGGGUGAAGGAGCUAUUUAAAGGGCACCGUGACUUAAUUUUGGGUUUCAAUACCUUCUUGCCAAAAGGAUAUGAGAUCACCCUCCCAUUAGAAGAUGAACAACCUCCACAGAAAAAGCCAGUCGAAUUUGAAGAAGCAAUUAAUUUUGUGAACAAAAUUAAGACAAGGUUUCAAGGUGAUGAUCAUGUUUACAAAUCAUUUUUAGACAUUUUGAACAUGUACAGAAAGGAAAAUAAGUCCAUCAGUGAGGUCUACCAGGAGGUGGCUGCACUUUUUCGAGACCACCAUGAUCUGCUCUUGGAGUUUACUCAUUUCCUUCCUGACACUUCAGCUGCCGCCAGUGCUCAUUUUCCAACCGGUAGGAAUUCGGCUCUUCGUGAUAGAAGCUCUGCCAUGCCUACAAUGCGCCAAGUGCAUGUUGAGAAGAAAGAAAGGGCAACAGCUUCGCAUGCUGAUCGCGACUUCAGUGUCGACCGUCCUGAUCCAGACCAUGAUAGAGCUAUGAUCAGAGCAGACAAGGAUCAACGCAGGCGUGCUGAAAAAGAAAAGGAGAGGAGAGAAGACAGAGAUAGGAGGGAACGUGAACGGGAUGAUAGAGAUUACGAUCAAGAUGGCAAUCGAGACUUCAACAUCCAGCGAUUCCCUCACAAGCGGAAAUCUUCCCGUAAAGUUGAAGAUUCGGCUGCUGAACAAGUUGGAGAUGGUGACGAGAGCUUUGGAGGAAUGAAUCCUGUUUCAUCCGCAUAUGAUGACAAAAAUGCUGUGAAAAGUGCGUUAAGUCAAGAGCUUGCUUUUUGCGAUAAAGUCAAGGAGACGUUGCACAAUCCUGAUAAUUACCAGGAAUUUUUGAGGUGUCUUCAUCUCUAUACCAGAGAAAUAAUCACACGAUCAGAGUUGCAGUCUUUGGUGGGUGAUUUGCUUGGAAGAUAUCAGGAUCUCAUGGAUGGUUUCAAUGAAUUUUUGGCACGUUGUGAAAAAAAUGAGGGUUUACUUGCCGGCGUUGUGAGUAAAAAAUCCCUGUUGAAUGAGAGUAAUUUACCCAGAGCUGUGAAAGUAGAGGACCGAGAUCGAGAUCGGGAUCGUGAGAGAGAUGAUGGGGUCAAAGAUAGAGACCGUGAAGCCCGAGAAAGGGACAGACUUGACAAAAGUGUAGCCUUUGGAAAUAAGGAUACAGGAGUUCCUAAGAUGUCUUUAUUUUCCAGCAAGGAUAAGUUUACAGCAAAACCCAUUAAUGAACUUGACUUAUCUAACUGUGAGCGCUGCACUCCCAGUUAUCGGCUUCUGCCAAAGAGUUACAUGAUACCUUCUGCAAGUCAGAGGACAGAGCUUGGUGGUGAAGUACUGAAUGAUCAUUGGGUAUCUGUCACUUCAGGAAGUGAAGAUUACUCGUUUAAACAUAUGCGAAAAAACCAGUAUGAAGAGAGCUUGUUUCGUUGUGAAGAUGACAGGUUUGAGCUGGACAUGUUGUUAGAAUCUGUGAAUGUAACAACCAAGCGUGUGGAAGAAUUAUUAGAAAAGAUCAACAAUAACACGAUCAAAAUAGAUAGUCCAAUUCGUAUUGAUGAGCACUUAACAGCUCUGAAUCUGAGGUGUAUCGAACGUUUAUAUGGUGAUCAUGGGCUUGAUGUAAUGGAUGUGUUGAGGAAGAACACUUCUCUUGCUUUGCCAGUUAUAUUAACUCGCUUGAAGCAGAAACAAGAAGAGUGGGCAAGGUGUCGUGCUGAUUUUAACAAAGUUUGGGCUGAAAUUUAUGCCAAGAACUACCACAAAUCGCUCGAUCAUCGCAGCUUCUAUUUCAAGCAGCAGGAUACAAAGAGCUUGAGCACUAAAGCCUUACUGGCAGAGAUCAAGGAAAUUAGUGAGAAUAAACGCAAGGAAGAUGAUGUGCUUCUUGCUUUUGCUGCUGGAAACAGACGACCAAUUAUACCGAAUUUGGAAUUUGAGUACUUGGAUCCUGACAUUCAUGAGGACUUAUAUCAACUUAUCAAAUAUUCAUGUGGAGAAGUUUGUACCACUGAACAGUUAGAUAAAGUGAUGAAGAUUUGGACAACCUUCUUAGAACCCAUGCUUGGCGUUCCGUCUCGACCUCAGGGUGCCGAGGACACUGAAGAUGUUGUAAAAGCAAAGAAUCAGUCUUCUAAAAGUGGAGAGAGUGAAGGCAGCCCUAGUGGUGGUGGUGCUGCAGUCACAAACUCCAAACAUUCAAACCCUUCAAGAAAUGGAGAUGAAAGUAUCCCACCUGAACAAUCAAGUUCUAGCAGGGCUUGGAUGCUAAAUGGAGAUAACGGAGUUAAAGAAAAUGGUUCUCCUGAUGCAGAUCAUGUAGCUCGCAAAAGUGAUACUUCCACAAGCACACUUCAACAUGAUAAGGCGCUGAUUAAUACAGCUACUGCUGAUGAAUUGUCAGGGAUAACUAAACAAGCUGCUUCCAAUGAUCGGCUGCUAAAUUCAAAUGCAUCUCUUGCCACUGGAGCAGAGUUAAGUAAUGGACGAACUCUUGUAGAAUCAGGGCUUAGUGCUACUCCUUCAAGACCAAGUAAUGGCACUGUUGAGGGAGGGCUUGGAAUAGGUUCGAGUAAUGAAAUAUUACCUUCAACAGAGGGUGGUGAGUUUUCAAGACCUGCUGUAUCCACAAAUGGGGUAGCAACAGAAGUCAUCAAAAGUCACAGAUAUAAUGAUGAAUCUGCUGCACAAUUUAAAAUUGAAAGAGAGGAGGGUGAAUUAUCUCCAAAUGGAGAUUUUGAGGAGGAUAAUUUUGCAGUUUAUGGAGAAGCUGGUUUGGAGGCAGCGCAUAAGGUGAAGGACAGUGCUGUUAGUAGGCAAUAUCAAGCCAGGCAGGGAGAAGAAUGUGUAGAGGCAGGGGGAGAGAAUGAUGCUGAUGCUGAUGAUGAAGGCGAUGAAAGUGCUCAAAGGACAUCAGAGGAUAGUGAGAAUGCCUCCGAGAAUGGCGAUGUUUCUGGAAGUGAGUCUGGUGAUGGUGAAGAUUGCUCUCGGGAAGAGCAUGAGGAAGAUGGCGACCAUGAUGAGCAUGAUAAUAAGGCUGAGAGUGAAGGUGAGGCCGAAGGAAUGGCUGAUGCCCACGAUGUUGAAGGAGAUGGAACAAUGUUACCAUUUUCAGAACGUUUUCUUCUAAAUGUGAAGCCUUUGGCAAAGCAUGUCCCUCCUUCAUUGCAUGACAGAGAAAAAGGUUCUCGGGUUUUCUAUGGAAAUGAUUCCUUCUAUGUGCUUUUUAGGCUUCACCAAACGUUAUAUGAGAGAAUACAAUCAGCAAAGGUUAAUUCAUCAUCUGCUGAAAGGAAAUGGAGAGCUUCAAAUGAUUCUAGUCCUACUGAUCUCUAUGCCAGAUUCAUGAGUGCGCUUUACAACUUACUUGAUGGUUCUUCUGAUAAUACAAAAUUCGAGGACGAUUGCCGGGCUAUUAUUGGGACACAGUCAUAUGUUCUGUUCACAUUGGACAAACUAAUAUAUAAGCUUGUCAAACAGCUCCAAACACUGGCAGCGGAUGAGAUGGACAACAAGUUGCUCCAACUAUAUGCAUAUGAAAAAUCAAGGAAACCCGGAAGACUUGUGGAUGUUGUUUAUCAUGAGAAUACUCGAGUGCUGCUUCAUGAUGAGAACAUAUAUCGUAUUGAAUGUUCUUCCACACCAACCCACUUGUCUAUUCAGCUCAUGGACUUUGGACAUGAUAAACCUGAAGUGACUGCUGUUUCCAUGGAUCCUAAUUUUGCAUCUUAUCUGCAUAAUGAUUUCCUCUCAGUUGUUCCUGACAAAAAAGAGAAGCCAGGGAUUUUUCUCAAGAGGAAUAAACGUAGACAUGCAAAUGCUGAUGAGUGCCAGACCAUGGAAGGUUUUCGGGUUUUCAAUGGUUUGGAGUGUAAAAUUGCCUGCAAUUCGUCCAAGGUAUCCUAUGUUUUAGAUACAGAAGAUUUUUGUUUCGAACAGAAAGAAAAGGCAGAACUUUGCAGCAGAAUGGCCCUUGCCACAACCAGGAAAAGAUUUCCAAAAGAGUACAGCGGUUUCACAGAUUGCUAUCUAGCUCAUAGCAUGCCUUCCUGCAACGAAGUGGACAUGGUGUGUACUAAUCUUUGCAUAACUGAUUUUGUUCCACAGUUGGCCUUGGAAUGCAUUUUGUGCGCUGCUGCAGGGAAUUCAAUAGUUGGGGCGCGACCAAAAUCAGCUUUGAUCUAUUCUCACAGCUCUCACCAAGUGAAUAAAUGGAGAUAUGGCUUUGCAAGAUUGUAG